AUGGAUUCCCACGAAUCGUACGAUCCCAGCCGUGUCCCCGCAUGGCUCCCCCGCUUGCUCCGCGGCCGCUAUUUCACGAGCUGCCCGCGCCACGCCGGCGCUAGCAGAGCCGAGCGAAACUAUUUCUGCGUCACGUGCAGCGGCGAAUCUCUCUGCACCGCCUGCAUUGCGGAGCAGCAUUCUAACAAUUCCAGCCACAAUUCCGGUCAUCACAACCACUCCGGCGGAGGUUCAGUUCAUUCCGGUGGCGAAUCGACGAAACCCCACAAUAUACUCCAAAUCCGCCGCUCGUCGUACCACGAGUGCGUGCGAAUUAACGAGCUGACGAAAAUCCUAGAUCUGUCGCACAUUCAGGUGUACGUUAUCAACAGCGCCAAGAUCGUGUUCCUCAACGGCCGGCCGCAGGCUCGUCCCGUGAAAGGCGCGCCGUUCUACUGCGAGACGUGCGAGAGAAUGCUGCUCGACGCGAGCCGGUUCUGCUCCCUCGGCUGCAAACUCGCUGCUGUUCCGAAGGAUUCUACGCUUUCAUUUGUUCCGCGGGUCGCGCCGGCGUCUGGAGGAAAUGGCGCCGGGUGUAACGGGGCGAAUGCCUCGAAGCGUGCGUCAGCAACUGGCCCUGCCACGUCACACCGGGUGAAUGGGUACAAUGCAGCGGCUGCAGGAGGAAAUUCUGACACGUGGAAGGAGGAUAACGGCAAUGGUAGUGCGUCCGCUGCGUGGGUUCAGAAGGCGAGAACGACAGGAAAGAAGCUCGUUACUCCUGAAGUGAACACGGCGACGUCAUCCCCGGAAGUUUCUCUGCUAGCUGCUUCUAUGGAGUACGACAAUACCGAGGACAGCUUCGGCGGCGCUGACAGCGGCGGGAUUCUCGUGGCGGACGAUGACGACGACCGUCUGCUUGUGGAACGUGACGUUGACGGUGACGGUGACGGACAAUGCGACGGGUCGUUCGUUUGGAGCCAGCGCGGAUUUGGCGGAGGAAAGAGAGUCCGCGUGGAGAAGUAUCCGCACACGACGAAUUUCCCGCAGCUCGUGCCGAUUUCGUCGCCGUUUUCGUAUCCUGACGGCUCGCCGUCCUCUCCGCCGCGGCUCGGGUUCUCCCCGCCGUCAACUCCGAGCCUGACUAGCAAUCGCCGACGGAAGGGUGUGCCUCAGCGGUCUCCUCUGUCUGACGUGCUAGCGACGCUGGGUCUCCCAAUUCGCGUCUUCACGUACGGAGCUGCGACGCCUGCGACUCCUGCGACUCCUGCGCCGUUUGAAAGCGACGCGGCUGCGACUGCAGGCGACGGGGAAAGAGAAGGAGGCCCGGCGACGGCGGAGGGAGGCUCGCAAGCGGUGGAUGCGGGACGGGAAGCUGGUGAUGACUUUUACGAGUUCACGCCCGCAGAUUAUUCGAGACUGAUGGCGGGAAAGAAGGAAGAGCGCUUUCUCAAGACCAAAGCCAUCCGGGACCUAGAGCAGCAACAACGGAAGGCGCAGUUUAAACAGGCGAUCAUCAGAGUCCGCUUCCCGGACAACACAGUGGUGGAGGCGGCCUUUGUCCCCACAGAUGCUGUAGCAUCUGUGCGGCAGCUCGUGCGCAAGUGCCUGCUACAGCCGGACCUGCCUUUCUUCUUCUACACGACACCACCAAAGAGGAGGAUAAAAAAUGAGGAGGAGGAUCUGUACAGCGCGCAGCUCACUCCAGGUGCUCUGCUGCACGUGGCAGUUGAAUCUUCUGCAGCAGCAGAAUCUUCUUUGGACUCAUCCGCGCAAGCCUCCCUCUUACACCCGGAAAUUCUUGCACUCAAGGAUCUUCCGUUGCAACCAGAACUGUCCGCGGUAGAGUCGAGUGAAGGGCCACUGGAGAAAAAGGAUGAGAGGGGUAAAAGAGAGGUGAAGCAAGAAGGGGUGGCUGCAGGGUCGGCAGGUGCUGUUCCUGGUGCUUCAAAAGCAGGUCUCUCGUCAAAACCCAAGUGGUUCAAGCGGUGA